CAGGAACGCCUGCGUAUUUUCUUACCAUGCACUUCGAUUAAUCGUCUGAGGUUACGGAAAUUUUAUGCGAAACUUUUCUAAUUCAUUUCAUUUUGUAUUUGUCAGUGAUUGUUACUCAGUGUAGUGAUGUUCAGAAUACCUCGUGGGUGCCUGUCAAAGCAAAACUUGGCAUUUAGGCUUUCCCGUUACCACUCCAAGACGGGCUGUUAUGGAUUCCGUCCAAAACCUGACAAAACCACGAUCAGAGCAGAAUCUGAAGAAGCCAUCAAAAACCAAGUAUUAAACUCCAAUUUGCUACGGCUAGUAACAGCAUACAGAAAACAUGGACACAGAAAAGCUGAUUUAGAUCCAUUAAACAUGAGAUUACACAACCUAAACUUGGCAGAGUUAACAGAACUUAGAUUGGAUCUUUAUGGUCUUGAGGAGGCAGAUAUGAAUACUACAAUAAACCUAGAAGGUAUUAUGCAUUUGAAUGAUCAAAAAGAGUCAACUCUAAAAGAAGUUAUAGGUCGACUAGAAAAAGCAUAUUGUGGUCAGUUAGCUGUUGAGCUUCAUCACCUUUCGGAUGAAAAUGAGAAACUAUGGCUAUCAGAUCUUGUAGAAAAGAGCACCCCUUGCUCAAUGGAUAACAGCAGACAAAAGCACAUAGCAAAACUUCUCCUAAGAUCAGAGGCAUUUGAUAACUUUUUAGGGAGAAAGUUCAUGACUGUCAAGAGAUAUAGUGGGGAAGGGGCCGAGAGUAUGAUGGCCUUUUUUGAUGAAUUUUUUUUGCAGUCUUCAAAAGCUGGGUUAAACCAAGUAAUUAUGGGAAUGCAGCACCGCGGCAGGCUGAACCUGCUAACAACGAUCCUUAAGUACCCAGUGGCACAGAUGUUCUCUAAGAUGAAAGGUAACUCUGAGCUUCCGCCCCAUGUUCAAGCAACUGGUGAUGUUCUCUCUCAUCUCACAAGCUCAGUGGAUCUUGACUAUGGCGGCCAGGACCCCCUCCAUGUCACCAUGCUGCCAAACCCCUCUCAUCUAGAGGCAUGUAACCCAGUAGUUGCUGGCAAAGCUCGUGGUCGACAGAUGACACUUAAGGAAGGAGACUACUCUAUUGAUGAUAAAGAUGCAAGAAUAGGUGACAAGGUGACAUGUCUGCUGGUUCAUGGGGAUGCAUCUUUUGCUGGCCAAGGUAUUGUGUCAGAGACCUUGGGGAUGGUGAACCUGCCCCAUUAUGAAGUGGGGGGUACGGUGCACCUCAUCGUGAAUAACCAAGUGGGCUUUACCACACCAGCGGAUCGAGCAAGGUCAUCUUUGUAUUCAAGUGAUAUCGCUAAGAUGAUCGACUGUCCCACAAUUCAUGUGAAUGGUAACCAUCCAGAGGAGGUCGCUCGUGCUGCAAUGCUUGCCCUUGAGUACAGAAUGAAGUAUCGUAAAGAUGUCGUUGUCGACAUGUUCUGCUACAGGAGAUGGGGCCACAAUGAGCUCGAUGAUCCAACGUUUACCAACCCAGCCAUGUACUCGGUGAUCACAAACCGCCAGAGUGUACCAACACAGUAUGCCAACAAGCUCACCGAUAACAGCAUCAUUUCACACGAGGCGUUAAAAGAAGACUUAGCUGCGUUUAACAACAUGCUAAAUGACGAGCUGAGGAAGUCAGACGAGUGGGUGUCUCAAGCCAUGCACCUGGAAGGACGAUGGAAAGACAUGGUGGUGGCAAGCUCUGGAGCCGUCACCAUCUGGGAUACAGGUCUGCCACUGGACACAUUACAAUUUGUGGGCGCAAAAUCAGUAGAAGUCCCUGCUGACUUCAACAUCCACUCACACCUCAAGAAAACACAUGUGAACGCUAGGCUUGCCAAGCUGAAAGAGGGGACUGGGAUCGAUUGGGCUACCGCGGAGGCCCUGGCUCUAGGAAGCUUGUUAUAUCAAGGUUUUCAUGCUCGCAUUAGCGGACAGGACGUGGGCCGAGGCACAUUUAGCCACCGACAUGCCAUGCUGAUCGACCAGAAAACCGAAGAGAUGUACAUCCCGCUUAAUAAUCUACGUGAAGACCAGACGGGUUUUCUUGAGGUGUGUAAUAGUCACCUAUCGGAGGAGGGUGUGCUAGGGUUUGAGUACGGCAUGAGUAUAGAGAAUCCAAACCAUCUGAUCAUAUGGGAGGCACAGUUUGGCGACUUCUUCAAUGGAGCACAGAUCAUCCUCGACACAUUCGUCUCAUCGGGAGAAACCAAGUGGCUGUUGCAGAGUGGGUUGGUCAUGCUGCUACCACAUGGAUAUGAUGGAGCGGGACCGGAACAUUCGUCUUGCCGAGUCGAAAGAUUUCUCCAGAUGACUGACAGCAAGGAAGAGGAAGCUGAUGGUGAUGCUGUCAACAUGCACAUCGUAAACCCAACCACACCUGCGCAGUACUUCCAUCUUCUCAGGCAGCAGAUGAUGCGGAACUUCAGAAAGCCUCUGAUUAUCGUUGCUCCAAAGCUUCUCCUGCGAUUACCGGCUGCCAUGUCGACGCUGCACGAUAUGUCCCCCGGCACUCACUUCAUGCCCGUGAUAGGAGAUACCUCCAUGAACCCCACAGAAGUGCGACGCGUCAUGUUCUGCUCUGGGAAGCACUACUACUCGUUGCUUAAGAGACGGGAAAAGACUGGUAACACGGACACGGCGAUUAUCAGGCUAGAGGCACUCACUCCUUUCCCAAUGGACGCGAUCCGUGACGAGAUGCGUAGAUAUCCUGGGGCACAAGAGUUUGUCUGGAGCCAAGAGGAACAUCGUAACAUGGGUGCGUGGACGUUUGUGGCGCCACGAUUCCAGAACCUUCUAGGAGUCAAGCUGGCGUACGUCGGGCGUAGAGAGCUAGCCGCCCCCGCGGUGGGUAUCGGGAAGUUACACGCUCAAGAAGAGGAGCAAGUCCUGGGGGCAUCAUUCCCUUCAAAAAGUGGCGAAUGAUAGCAAGCAAGUGAUGGCCUUGGCUUGUACAAGUACAUGAGAGGUCGUGGUGUUUGUAGCCGAGCUAGGAUGACUGAUUAGGAAGGUUUUUAGAACAAGGUGGUGCUAAGUAAAUCCAAAGCUUCUAUCUAGCCAAGCUUGAUUUGGUGAUUCGGGAAACUUUUGGCCAAGCAAAGUUUGGUGACAGCUGAUGCUAAGUUAUGAUGACCAGGGAUGGUGAAAUCGGAAUAAAAAAGGACGGGGAUUGAAACAAAUUUUUUAUGCUUCCAUAAUCGAGUUAACCGGAAGUUCCGUAGUUCUACCGGAAGUAGUCUUGCCAAUGGUGAUCUUACGAAUUGGACGCCCAUUUUCAAGCAAGACAUUAGACAGGAGAAAUUAGAAAGAUUUCAACCGACCAGAGCUCCCCGAUGCAUCAAAUGUAUCAAAAGACAAAGUUAUUCAUUACACCAGUGGCGGUGGCUCCCAAAUAAUUAUUAUUAACUUAACUUUAAAUUUAUGGAAAUUAAUUUGUCAUUUCAUUUUUUUCCAUUCAUUUAUUCAUUUUUCAACUAGAUAAUUAUGAUGUAUACGCUCUCAAGAAUUCCCGAGAUAAAAGAUAACUAAUAAAUAAGUGUAUGCAUGAGA